UGUGAUAGGCGGAGAAAUAUGCAUCAAAUCAAUGCAUUUUGUCCGCCGGAAAUGCCUUCUCACUCAAUCAAUUAUUCUGCUCAUAAAGAUGUCUGUCAAUACCCCUGUUUUUUAUGAUGCUUUACAGUUUGCCAAACAAUGCACUUAGUUUGACUUUGAUUUAAAGGAUAAACAGAUACAAACGUUGAAAGGAUUGUGGUCUAAAUUAGCGCGAGGUUGAAAGUAGUUCCUUCCCAACAAAUCAACAAUCAAUAUGGAUGCCUCCCGAGGUCAAUGUCGAGUGCGGAGACAUCCGAGUAGUUCCGAGUGCUAAAGCACCUCUCUGCUCUUAAGGAGGAGAAGGCUGGAAAGUGGUGCUAGUCUAACAGGAAGGAAAAUGUGUGCACAGGUUUACCGGUUGCAAGUUGGUUAAAUAUCGCUUUCUUUACACAGAUGAAGCAUAGAAUAUGCAUGGUAUCAGACUUCUUCUACCCCAACAUGGGUGGUGUGGAAAGCCACAUCUAUCAGUUGUCACAGUGUUUGUUGGAGAGAGGACAUAAGGUGAUUAUAGUGACACAUGCAUAUGGGGACAGGAAGGGGAUAAGGUACCUGACAAAUGGUCUGAAGGUGUAUUACAUCCCUAUAGCUCCUUUUUAUAACCAGUGUGCUGUUCCAACCCUCCUAACAACACUGCCUCUCAUCCGUAAUAUUUGUGUGAGGGAGGAAAUAACAAUCAUUCAUGGACAUUCUGCUUUCUCCACCUUGGCCCAUGAAGCCAUGUUCCAUGCUCAGGCUUUGGACAUACGGGCAGUCUUCACUGACCACUCCCUGUUUGGGUUUGCUGACGCCAGUUCCAUCCUUACCAAUAAACUCCUGAUGAUCUCCCUGUCAGGCGUGAACCAUGCAAUCUGUGUCUCACAUACAAGUAAAGAGAACACAGUAUUAAGGGCCUCUAUUCAUCCAGAACUAGUGUCUGUGAUACCCAAUGCUGUGGAUGCCACUGCCUUCACUCCUGCUCCAGAGAAUAGGAAAAAGGGUAGAGUCACUGUAGUGGUGAUGAGCAGACUGGUGUACAGAAAGGGCACAGAUCUCCUUGCUGGCAUUAUACCUGACAUUUGCAGCAAAUAUGACAAUGUGGACUUUUUAAUAGGUGGGGAUGGUCCAAAGAGGAUUGUGUUAGAGGAGAUCAGGGAACAAUUCCAGCUGCAUGACAGAGUGACACUCCUGGGUGCCAUAGAGCAUAAUAAAGUCAGAGAGGUAUUGGUACAGGGGGAUAUCUUCCUGAAUACCUCACUCACAGAAGCUUUCUGUAUUGCCAUAGUGGAGGCUGCUUGUUGUGGCAUGCUAGUCAUCAGCACUAAGGUUGGAGGCAUACCAGAAGUCUUACCCAAUGAUCUCAUCCAGUUAGCAGAACCCAGUGUUAAAAGUCUUACCAAAGAACUAGAGGCAGCUAUUGAAAUCUGUAAAAUGGGUAGGUCAGAUGCCCAAUCUCAUGAAAGACACGAGAGAGUGAAACGGCUUUACACGUGGCAAGACGUGGCCAGGAGGACUGAAACAGUUUAUAACAUGGUGUGUGAGGAACCACCAAGGCCUUUACCUGACAAAAUCAUGAGAUAUCAGCACUGUGGGCCCAUUGCAGGGAAAAUCUUCAUAUUGUUUGCAGCUCUUAACUAUCUUCUUUUGUUUUUGUUAGAAUGGUGGUUGCCAGCAAAGGAUAUGGACAAGGUACCAGAUUGGCCACAGUCAAAGAAUAAACUUUCAUUUUCGAAAAAUAAAAACUCUGGCACAGAGACUAAUAGAAAAGAAUGCCAGGAACUGGGCAGGUAGCAGGGUUUUGGUGAUUGAUGUUUCAUGAUGUUUUAAAAUAAGUUUAAAUAAUCUUUAAAACAACACCAGUCCGUAAGAAUGAAGUAAGUUGUCUGCAUUCUUAUAACAUAACACAGCUGAUGAAAUUCUCUUUCAACACUGGCCCAUGUACUUACAGCAUGCAAAAUGUAAAGUAUGAAAAAGGGAUAAAACAAUAAAAAAUAAAAAUGAAAUUGAGUUUUACACCUUGGCUUUAUUUUGAUGUAUCUGUUUCUGU